AUGUCCACGUCCCCGCGGUGUCCGAGUCCUACCGGCUGCGAUGCUUCGCGCGCCCCUGCUGUAGAAAAAAAAACAGAGAAGGAAAACUUCAGAGAAAUGGCGGAGGGUGCUUCGACUCUCAAAGGCUUACGAGCCCAAAUUGGUAAGAAAUUCUCCGGCACUUGUGGGUUGAAUUUUUCCGGACUUUUAUCUUUUUUAUGUUUUGUCUCUUUGUAAUGUUGUCUCCCAACGGCCGCCGCUCACCGGGUGAUUUGAACGUCGUCCAGCUUUUCUAGCUAGUAACGUUAGCUCUGUGUCCGGUUAUCUGCUGACAAUGGAUGCGGGAAAAUCUCCAACUUUAUCGCGCGUUAAAAUGCUUUUAAACUGCUUUUACACAAAAAAGUUGAUUUCUAUGUGCCUCUAAAAGCUAGGUGAAGUAGUUUGACUCAGUGAAAGUUAAGAGCCACGAGUCAACAGCCAAGUGAGUGAAGUUUAACCGUUGUAUUUUGCAGCCUGAGAGAGAGCGAGAGAGCCGGUUGACAUAUGACGACUUAACUUGUCUGGCGCCUAGCGUACUUAGCAGUGCUUUAGCUUUGCUUUAUCGCUUUGUAAUCACGUUUCAAAACAGAGCUCUAAUGCAUGAAUACAGUAUACCAAGUCAACGGGCAGGAAAUGCUCGAGAAACAGAGCUAACUAGUUGCUUUGUAAUUGGCUUUCGUCUAGAUAGCGGUGGCCAUCAUCAGUGGGGAUUAUUGUCCAAAGUGAUCAUCUCAGGCAGGGUUUUCUCAUCACGUAUCAAAAAGUCUGAUACUUACUGUAGAGUACACUAUAAAUAGUUGUGUGCACUUUUACAGUGGCUCACCAUGCAACAUAAAGCUGCUCCAGUCAUCUAACAUGUUACUUUCUCUCUUUAAUACACUGGUGGACAGUUUUUAUUUGUUGACAUAUGGCAUAACCCCCUCCUCUCAAAAGGGAGGGCGACCAUAACAAUGUCUGACCUGAAUUUCACAUAAUGCAAGAGUGUCAGACACUAUCGCACAUUGAUGUGGGGAGAUUGAAGCUUCAUGCCUUGUAUGAAAUGUCUUCUUGGGCACCUUAUCUUCUCCAGGCCCUGUGCCACAAGCAGUCCUGUCUGUCUAAAAAGCACAUUUCUUGUUUGUGAAUAGCACUAUGUAGGCCAACUGCUGCAGCAAAGUCUCAAUCAAUGCUCGUCUCUCAGACAUGGAUGUUUACUGUGUCUGCAUCUGUGGGCAUGAAUGCACAGUUUGUUAUGACUCCGGCUGCACCCGGGCUCGCAGUUUUUAAUGGUAAAAGCGAGAUUUCUGCAUACCCAACGUGGGUGUAGGCAUGUGUUACUCCUGGAAACAACUGGACCAUAUUUAGUCCAAGUCUUCCUGUUUCUCUUGACUUUUCCAUUCAGUAUUUUCAGUCUGGAAUUCAACAUCCACCCCAUUCUGAGGUUUUAUGAAAAUAUCUGAUGUGAAAUGUUAGCGAUCUAGCUUUGCCAGUAGUUAAAGGAAGUCAUCCUGUGCUUGGCCUCCAGUCAGAGCAGAAGGCUGACAGCGAUAAAAUAAUGUUAGGAAUCUAGCUCAUGUGCACAAUCAUUUCCACAAGAAUGUGAGCAAGGAGAAGUGCACCCCGCUAUUAUAGGGGGAGAUCACACUACUGCAAGUCACACUACAAGGUUAUCCUGAUCCAGGCUCAGCAACUGCUGCUGCUGCAGAGCUGAAAGCAUGACAAGUAUUCCUGAGCUGGUUGGAUUUAACCAAAGGAGGAAAUGGACCAGCCUCAGUUUCACUGUGUAGAUUUGGGUCUGUUUUACCAGAACAAUAUUUUACAGUCUUUACAGUCGCGGUUAAACAUACAAAUCCACAGAUUUGAAUGGCAAAAUAAGUCAAUUUGUAUAGACUGCCACUUAUGCAUGUCUGUCAUUAGAAUAGAAGCAGCCAGAAUGUUCAUUUCUCAUAGUAAAAUAUCCUGUUUACUUUGGAGUUCAUCUCCAUUUUAGACUCUAAAUUACUCACAUCAAUUCAAGUUGUCUGCCGUUUUUGCGUUGGAGGAUAACUUCAAGUUAAAAACUAGGUUCAAACUGUCCAGUUCAUGAGGAUUGGCUUCAGUCCUCAUGAAAUGGAGAUGCUUGCAGAAAAUCAAACUACAAAGCACAGAUCUUAACUGUCUGUGAGUUGCAAUAAUUUAUUUGCGCAGGUAUUUAGGCUACAUAUGGCAGGAGAGGUAAGGUUCAUUUAUAUAUAAGUGGGUACAUAAUGAAUUCAUCAGAUAUUGUUUAAAGCAGCUGUUUGGUUCAGCGCUUUUGUUCUAAAUUGUUUGGUUUUGCAAGGCCUGCCAAACCUAACCAGUUAUUCCUCUGGUUUUUAAGUGUUUUUUUAUCUGUUGUGCUGUUUGUCACAUAUAGUUGACUUUUUUUUUUAGCUUAACUGAAUCAACAAAACUUAUCCAACAGCACAAGGCCUGACCAUGACAUACUUGAUUGAAUCACUCAGAUAGAUAAGGGUCAAGACAGCUGUGCUUAAACUAACAAUUAUUUUCAUCUCCAGUUAAUCAACCAGAUGUUUUAGCCAUAAAUCAAUGUAUCCUGUAGUCUGCUAGAACCCAAAAAGACUCCUCUUGAGGGUCCUUACACACCGGGCCGACGCAAAUAUAUAACGCGAAAUUACGGGGGGGGGGUAUUGACAUCCGAAAUAAUCGCACGAAAAAAAAAACGCUCCCGCAAACAAAUUUGCUUGAACCCAAAGAGACAUCUUCCUCAGACUGAUUCUGUUGGCCAACCAACUGUCCAGAACCCAAAGAUCUGCUGGUUACUGUCACUGAUGAAGUUCUGUGUAAAAAUCUGUAACAGCAAAAGUACAUUUAAAUCAGAUUUAUUCGUUUGUUUUAAAGGCUGAAAAUAAUUAUCCUCCAAUUGAUUAAUUAAUAACUUGUUGCAUCACUAGAAGAACUGCAUUGAUGAUUUAACUCAGAAAUGAAUGUUCUGGUCGUCACAUCCGUUCAAAGACAGUGUGGUCCACCUGUAAGAGGACACUCUCUCGCAAACUAAGAUGUGUCAUCAUUAUCCUGCAAGGACUGCAAAUAGCCGAGGCUUACCUUAGCAUGAACAGGUCUCUAGUAAUCCUGCGGUAGAUCUGGUGUGUAUGUCUGUGCGUGUGUGUGUGCACGUUUGUGAGCGUGCAUCAGCAGUGUUAUCUGAGGACCUAAAAUCUUGAGCCAGUGAUUAGACGCUCUGUAUCCCAGACAGUCAAGGUUUUUUUGUCUAUCGGCCAAGCACUACACAAGAUGACGAUAUAGAGAAUUUUUGAUGUAACAAAAUAAUGCUGUGAACAGGCAAGGUAAGCUGUGUUUCAUUGGAAGGAAAAAGCCCCUCACACUAGUCCCCACUGGAGAAUUGCAGUCCACCCUUUCAUUAAAGCGUGCAGACACUUCCUGUGCAACAAGCUACUUAAUUAUACCAUGCAGCAGUUCAGGCUGCAACACGAAGGAGGGACAGAAAAGAGACCUCACCCACUCUUGCCUCCCAUCUAUAAAAUCAUCCUUUUUGCCAAGACUGCUCAUGUUUUACAGAUUUUGCUUAUUAUUUAGAGACCCAGCUUUUGAUCAGUGUUAGCAUUCAACAACAAGUGCUAUGAUGUAAUCCAGACUGGCCCGCUUCCUGUUCGGGCUUUUUGUCUGGGCUUCAGAGCAGGGUUCAUCAGUAGCCCCCUUGGUGGUCUUUACUGCUGCCAUAAUGACUCUGUAGCCUGAAGGUUGGGCCACAUGCAAUCAAUAUGUAUGUGCUGUACACACUGUUUCCCUGGAUCCUUCAGUUCAAAUGUCUCCUCCUGCAUAAACCUGCUUGAUAACACUGAUAUCAGUAUAACAAAAGCUGCACAUACAAUAUAUCUCCAUUAAACCACUGACCACAUUGAUAAACACGCAUCAAAUUAAUCUUUUAAAAUUAUUAACAUUUUGGAUAAUUAGUCCUACACUGAAACACUAGCUUGUCUAUCUUAAUAUUUUGGUCUAUAUCUAUUAAACAACUUGUUCCUCUGCAGUGUUUCGAUGAGUCACUUCAUGCAGUCGGCAGCAAUGAUGUAUGUUAAUGUGUGCAAAUCUCCAUAGUGAUGGAGUGAUGCGAGACAACUCCACUGAUUGUCCCUUUUCAUUUCUAAGAGCACACCUGGCCCUCUCGUUGUCCUUUCGGAAAACAGCAUCUUUCUUCCCUUCUCACAGAACGGCUCAUAAUCUGGGUACACAAGUUAAUUUUAUGCACAAGAAGUAUUUCGUGCCUAAGGAGAGAGUCUGCAUGGUUGUAACUCAACAGCUGCUUCCUUCUUAGACUCUUGGCUGCCAUACUGUGUUACUAAUACUGUACUUCCUAAAACAGUACUGUGCUGCGUAAAACCUGUCACAUCAUUGCAACAAGUUCUUCUACUACAGUCUUGUGCAUGGCCUUAUUUUCAUGUUGAUACUGUUCAGCAGCUUCUUCAAAGAAUAUAUGCAAAGUCAUUUAUUAUAGGUGCAGCAUCAGCUUGAUUUUAUUCAUAAGAUGUUAUUAUACUGCAUAUCAUACAGCUUUACUACACUGUUUGCCUUUUUUUUUAGCGAUAAAUGAUCCCAUUUCACUGUCUGCGUUCUGACUCAUACAGACCCAAACAUGGCUGAGGAGCACUUCAUUCAUCCAAAGCUGCUUUGUGCAUCACUUAGCAACUGUAGCUCAGUUACACAGCAGAGUGCCUGGUAUGAUACCUGUCCUCCAUCAAGAGAAGCGUGUUGUAGAGAUGAUGCGACCGAAAGAUUAUUACAUUAAAAGUCAAAAAGCUUGCACUUUGUCACUGAACCAUGGAGAAGUAAUACCACAGCAGGUUUUUUUUGGUUUAUGUUCUAAGAGCUGACUGUGUUCAUCCUUGGGUGUGACUCAUCAUGCUUGAGUUAUAUAGUAGUUUUCUUUUACUGUGGAUUUUGAUCAGAUCAUUUAGCCCAUACUUUAAGCCUGUGUGUGUCUCCCCUUUAUACUCUUGAGUAAAAGAGAACGUGUUUGUGUUGUUUGGAAGCCCAUAAAACAUGCAGAUCUACUGUCUGUCAGAUAUCGCAUUUACAGUUGUCAGCUCAUGCAACUUAUUCUGUAAGUAAUGGAGUUUCAAUCAAGAUUUCUCAUUUUGAUCCAAAAUGAUUUUUACCGCAUUAGAAGAUGUUUAUUCAUAAAAUCUUGAGAUUGAUAUUUUUAAUUACCUACUCUCCUAAGGGGGCCUUUCAUUCCACAAGACUAGUGCAGUAAGUUCUGUUCACAUGAGAAGUUGACAGCCGACCUUAAAAUAAACAUGUAGGGACAUGGAAUAAUCUGGAAAGCACAAACCUCUAAGAUAGAGAAGAGCUUGAGGUGAAAUUUUGUAGAAAUAUUACAAACCUCUGGAACCAUUUAUGAAGGCAUCACUCAGAUAUUUAGUCUCACAAAUAUGUCUAAAACAUGUCUCACUUGAAGAAGGCAUUUGUAUUCAUGUUGACAUCCAGCUCUUCCUGUGCUCACAACUUAGCCCAGGCUUUUGCAACGUUUAUGUGCAAGGAUCUAUGUCUGUAUUAGGGCUGCAGCUAUCGAUUAUUUUAGUAAUCGAGUACUCUAUCGAUUAAUCUGUCGAUUAAUCGAGUAAUCGGAUAAGAAAUGUUUUGCUCUCACUGUAAUACUUUGCAUUGAAUCACGUUUGCCUCAUUAAAAACCAUCAGUAACACACAAAACUGAAAUAGGCCAGGUCUUUCAAAUGAAUAUUUUUACUGCAUAAAUCAGGAACCAAAAGUUUUACAUUUUACCAUGUAGUUCACAUGAAACUACUGAAGGCAAGGUCUGCAGAUGGUCUUUUAAUUGCUAUGGUAAUGAUCUUUGCAGUUUUCACUAAACCAGUCACAACUAUUUCCAGGCUUUGGAUCUAAUUUUACUUGUUUAAUUAAUAGGCUGAAAUAAUAUAAUUCUUGGAUACUAACAUAAUUUGACAAGCAAAUGUACAUUUAUUCAAUAUAUAAAAGUGUUACAUUUUGAUUUACAUGUUGUUGUGUGUUGGUCAUUUUGCAGCCCUCUGCUGCUCAUCACACGCCUAGCAGGUGGUGUAUAGCAUUAUCACCAUGGAUACACGGAUGUUUGUGUGAUUUUUUUCAUCCACUGCCGCCCGGUUUGUGUCGUGUAGAUGUUGAUUAUGAAAACACUUCGCAAUAAUUUGGAAACGUGAAGGGGGAGCUGCUGCUGCCCGGUGUUUACGGUAAAUAGACGCAAACACCGACCAAGUGGACGCUUCGGUCUCCGAAAACGCCGAGACAAAUUUACAAACAGCCACUAUUUCAAACAACUGGGCUCAUAAUCGUGAUGUAAACACUUACUUUCUCGCUAGAAAAAAUAUUAUUAUUGAAUGAAUUUAUAUAAUUUGUCCGGUAUGCAGUCGUUCUAUGUAGCUUGUGGUAGGACUAUUUAAAUUUUACCGGCGCUGCGUCCGGCCGGCACGAAAUGCAUUCUGGGGUAUUUAGUAUGUAUGUGUGUAAACGCUCGGGCAGCCGCGGCAUACUCAAAUCAUCUUUGAGUAGUCAGUAGGCAGUAGCUACUGCUUGAGUAGGUAAGUAGAUAGCAGGCAGUAUGCCAUUUCGGACACAGCUUCUGUCUGUCCUCGUUUCCCUCCAUGAUUGAACCAAACGCGCGGCAGCGGAAGGAGCGGAAAGAGCACGCUUCUGCGCAACAGAAAUAACCGUCCGUGUCAAACACCGUGCGCUGCACAUGGUUCCGGAUUUAAACGAUUCCUCGAGGCAUAUAAUUUGCCUCGAGGAAUUUUAUUAAUCGAGUUACUCGAGUUACUCGAGUAAUCGUUUCAGCCCUAGUCUGUAUAGCAUUGAAACUGACUUCAAAAGCCUAUCGAUAUACCCAGACGACACUACAUGUAACCGACGUGCACACAUUUGGAUGAAGUUGCCACUCACAAAUUGUAUGCAGGGGUGACACACAGCCCACCAACUAAAUAGUUCAAGGUUUAUGAUGACACUGCAUGAUGCAUCAUUGUAAAAUUUUCAGUUAAUCCUUUGCACCAGUACCCAAAAGAACUGACAUGAGGACCUGAAAAAUCCCUAUAUUAAUCCCCAAAUUGAAAAUCACAUCGGAAUCAAAUCAACGUAGUUUGUGAUACCGAACCUUAGUUAGCUACAAGUUACUAUUGUAUAUCAAAAAACUACGAUCAAAUCACAGCCGUGCAGUGUGCAUCUUUGACACUGUUUUGCAGUUGAAGUGCUAAAUGAGGAAACCUUGACAGCAGAGCUAAAGUGACCUGUUUAUUUCAACGUGGCAUUAUUAGCUCUAGACUUUGACCCUUGUAAGCUUCUUUGAUGCUUCUGCAGAAUACAGAUAAUUGGAGCACAAUUGACUACCACUUCCUUAUCCCAUCAGCUCUAAAUUGUCUUUGUCUCGUUGCUGGUACCAUUGAUGUCUGUUCUUGUUCAUGUCCAGCUUGUACUCUUAAAAAAUUUGUGAUCAGCCUUUGAAUCCUCAUUCCCAGUUCCUUAUCUCCUCUAAUUAAUACUCCAAUGGUUCAGAUGCACAGAGAUAGCCUAUUAGAUAGUCAGUUGCGGAUAAAACCUUAUCAGUCAGGUUGUGUCACUUGGAUUAAGAAAGAGCUGUUGUCGCUCGGCUUUCAGCAGUGUCAGACAGUGGCGUAAUUUGCAUACCGACAGGACAUGCACGCCAUGCUGUUCUCUGUGAAACCGUGAUCAGUCCCUGUGGUGGGCACAAUCUGAGUGUUUUCCAUAAACAAAGACAACAAAGUAGUAUGUCUUGUUAACCGGGAUGAUGACCUAUCGUGUAAUUAUUCCAGUUCACUUCCGCAGUUCUUGUCCUUAUGUGACCUUGGACCCCUUUAAAACAGCAUUUUUUGUAACUCCUACCACUCCAUCCUACCACCUGCCAGCAUAGAGAAGUAGAGAGAUUGGGUGGAGCAAUGCUUUGUUUCAUAAACUUUACUUAUAAAAGCAACUGACUCACUCACAUACAGUCAGUCAUCUCUGUUGAUAUUAUAAAAUUAUGUUUGAUCUGCGUCACACACCUCUGAUGAUAAACUCUAUUUACAUGAGAACUCCUCGCCACACUCGGCAUAUGAUCGUUGUGCCACCACUGAGUGGACAUGUAGAAGAUAAAAGUCAAUGCCCCACAAUGUUCGUAAUCUCAAAUGACCAUGAGACAAUCAUGUGUUCCCAGGUGCACACACAUGCUUACUAGGGGUGGGAAUCUUUUACUGUCUCACGAUUCAAUUCGAUUCCGAUUUUUUGGUUCAAAACGAUUUUAUUCAUAGUAAUUUCUGACCGGAUUUCUGAUCAUGAUCUACUCCCAUCUGCUGUGCAAGACAGAAUGAUAAAGACAUUAUAGUAUCUUUUCACAUUAAUUAAGUUUUAAGCAUUUAUUUAUGCUUAUGCUUUUUACAAGCAAUAGGCGAUAGACCGGGUUAUUUUUUUUUGCCCGCUCUGAGCUGGUGGAGAGCUUCGUGAAGCUCUGCAGCGUGCGUUGGUCUGUAGCUGGCGGCUGAGUCUGCUCCAUGUCUCUUAUCUCCGGGUGAUGCCUCAUAAUGUGAGCCUGCGCAUUUGUCGUGUUGCCGAAAUGCUUGAUUCUAGUUUUACAAUGUCAGCACACUGCGUGCGUCACGUCCAGCUCAGUGUGUCCGGGCAUUCGGUAAAAUCCGAAAUGACGCCAAACUUUAGCUUGUAGUGAAGACGGGCCCGGCUGGAUCUCCUUUUCCUCCAUCGUUGUAUUUCCCUCUUUGUUUUGGUGCCUUCUGCAAAUGCGUGCGUUCGAGAACCGGCUGCGUGAUGACGUCAGGACGUCCAGCGUAGUUCCAAAAUGGAGGCGGACAGGCAGCGGAUAUUUAUCUUUUAAAAUCGAUUUUGGGACAUUUUGAACAGAAUCUGAAUCCUAGUAAAUUAGAAUCGCAAUUUGCGUCAAUCGUUUUUUUUGGUGCACCCCUAACGUUUACACUCUGUGGUCAUGUGACACAGAUACACCCGCUGUCUACAGAGUUGUUAGUGUUUCUUCUUAUUUAGGCAUUUGAAUGAGGGGCUCAAUUUAAGUGAAUUCAGCUAUGUGUUUAUCACUGUGUAAUUCUGUGACAACAAUCAUUGCAGCUCAUAUCACUGCCACCUAAGGAUCACAAUUGCAAGGCUGAAGCGAUGUAUUGUUCAGCCGUACCAAAGACCAAAUGUAGCGUCAUCUACAAAAUUUAAACUCUAGCUUUCAGAAACAGUAGAGUUGAAAAGUAUAGCAUCUGUUUAUUUGGAGAUAGACACAGUUCUUCUUUCUCUUGAACAGGACCAGAAUACUGCCAGCAGUCACCCCUGCCUUUGAGAGCACACAUGAUCCUGACUCUGCUCACAUUGAAUGAAAGUGUCUAAAAAGCCAAAGGAAAUGGGGCAUUUCUUAUCUUGCCUUCACUCUGAAAAAUGAGGGAGGACUUGUUCUGUGUUUGUACUUUUUGUCCACUUGGAUUUUGCAUUUCUGUCUCAUAAUGUAAGAUCACUUUUUUAUGUGAAUAGAUAUUUCUGUUCUUUACAUUAGUAUUCCACAUCUAUGAAUUUAUAAGAUAAGCCAACUGUGACAUAAGGUUUAGUGUUUGUAAUCCCGUUGAUUUAGGCCUGUGUGUUUGCGCAUUCUGGUGUGACUGCUGCAUAGAUAGCAGCUAGUGUUUUCCCUGAAGAUAACACACGUUAUGGCCUGUUUAAUCAGGCUGCUUGAUGCUUGUAUUAAUAUAUGUCAAUACAGCAUAGAUACUGAAUCUCAGUGGCUGCCAAAUGUAAUCUGUCAAAUUGUAAUGAUGAAAUUCUGAUUCAUUUAUAGCCCUAAGAUUACAUUCAUUUUCAGCUGCCUACUCUCAGACCUGGAUGCAUUUUAACUCAAAUACCACAAACAGUAUAUUAGGGGUGUUAAAGGUACUUUUUUUUUUUUUAUCAACCGUGGCAUUCUUGUGUUUGAGUGCAUACGCUGUGAGUCAAAAACAGCGAAAUACUUGUUCAGUUUUGUUUUCGUCUAUUUUUAAAAAGUAGUUUUCAAGGUUAAGGCAGUGGUUUUAUGUCUUUAUUGAAGAUGGUCAGAGACUUUGAGGACAGAGUCAGAAGUAUGCAUCAAUAAUGGGAGUAUCACAUGACUGAGUAUCGUUUGACACUUUGUCAGCAGUUCUUGAGUGCUGGAUACACACCAACAGCGGAGGAAAGAGAAAGGAGAAAUGCCUGAUACUAGGGCUCAUAAAGCUUAAUCAUAUCCUCAGUGUUUCCUUCCUUUCUGCCCCUGUAUUUCCUAAUCAUGAUUGUCCCUGAGCAGUUUUGGCUGAGGAAAGUCAUUUUAACACUGUGGCGGUCCUACUUGGAGUGUUGGCAUAUUUACUGCUUUGAAAGCAUGCCUACCUGGGUCUGGAAAUGCUUAAGGGUCUAUGGGCAUUGGAUACUGACAGUUUUCUCACUUUGCUGCCAGUGCAGUACAUCAUGCCAGUGUUUAGAUUUGUCAGAAUUGAUCAAUAGGCAAAGAAAAAGUCAUCAUUUUUAUGUGUUGAGAGAACGGUUCUCUUUGUUUUGAUGUCUCACUUAAAGGGAUCAGAGAGAUGCAAUCAGAGUUCUUGUGUAUCUUGUAUGUGCACUGCAGACGCGGUAGUUCUUCUGCCUUCUGAUAAUCAUAAAUGUUCUUCCUUAAGCUGCGGAACUCCGCUGCACUCGGUGAUCGACUUGUCAGGGCUCCCCCACAAAUAAGCAGCUGCUGGAGGAGAGUGGGUGAGAGUGUUUGGUCUCUUUGCCAGAGAGAUCAGGCAAAAUUAAUAAGAUUUUUGAUGGGUAGUACUACGUGCUUGGACCCUAUAUGUACAGUCGAUGAAGUUAGGUGCUGUUCUGAGCAUUAUUAGUGGCUAUGAGUGGCGUUUUGUUUGCGGUUUGUUUAUGGCUCCUCAGACAGCUGUGUAUUGCUAUCGUGCGGUCUUUGCUGAAGUAGGUGGAACUAGAGAAGCAAGGGGUUGACAAAAUUCAUCUCUCUCAGGGGGGUCUAACUUGGUGUUAAGGUGUGUUUGACUAUGGCAUAAACAUAUAUGCCGGAAUAUCCCGUUAACUUUGAAAACGAAUGUAUAUCAGGAAGCUUCCAUGCAUGUUUCUCACAUAGGCUAUCACACCCAGGUCCAAGCUCGUCACAGGAAGCAGUGUUGGGCUGGCUGCACGGUUGACCAUGAGCCCGGGGUUAUGUCAAAUAGCUGAAUAGCUGGAUUGUUCUGCGCCUUCAAAUCCGUUGGAUCUCACUGGAAGUAAAAUUCCUCUGGAAGGCAAACAAAGCAAAAAGAAAAUAGUGCUUUUAAACUAACUGGAGUACAUAAAGCAUUUCUUCUUCCAAGACAACCUUUACUAUCCCCGCUUUGUCAGUCAUGACGUGAUAAAACGCUUGUUCUCUCUGUGUAAUGAGUGUUUUAUAUUUUAAUACAGCUGCAGCUGCACAGGCACAAGCCGAGGAGCGGCGCAGCCUCGCAGGGAAUAGUCCAGGACCAACAACCGCAGCACCAGCUAAACCUCAGGGGUGUAGGCCAGGUAAGUGACACCACACCUUGACACAAAAACAGAUUGGUUCUCACAGGUACUGCCCUGUCACAGUCCUAUUGUCCUUUAUAAUCUGAACCAUUAGAUGCAACACUAUCCACUUCCACCACCCCCAGAGCUUACUGCAGGCAAACCUUAGUCAUCCUGUGCGACUGAUGACAUGGCACAUAAAUGACAGUCACAUGCUUAAACCUACUCCACUAACACAAAGUCUACAUCCCACUAAAGCGCGCUGUAAUCACAAUCAUAUCAUCAAGAAAUAUUUAUAGUAUACAAACAUACUGCAUGUUUAUGUUUACAGUCAUUGACGGUGCCGCAUUGAGGAUAGACGACCGACUGCGAGUGGCAAAAGAGCGGCGAGAGGAAGCAGAUAAACAACACGGUAAGAGUACCAUUCAGUUUCUACGUAACAUCGUUGCUGCAAAAUCUUGCUUCAGCUUCCAUAACUGUUUGUUUAACUGUUGAAUUUUAUCUCGUUAAACUAAGAAUUCAGAGAGCAUAUUUUUAUUUAAAAGGGUUCAAAGGUGUGUUGACUGGUUGCAUUGUUACCGAGGGAAUUUGUCAUAACACUUUUGGAUAGUCUGUAUCACAAAACAACAUGAAAUUAGAUGAAACUUUUCUAACUGUGUGCGCUUUCUGUCCAUUAUUAUGUACGCGUUGUCGUAUGGCCAGCUUUGCGAGAGUCUCAGAUCAUGGAACGGGAGCGCAAAGCAAAGUUACAAGUGGAGCGUCAGAUGGAGGAGCGACAGAAGAAGGUGGAGGAACAGCGAAAAAAGGAGGAGCAGAAACGUUUGGCUGUGGAGGAGAAGAGGAAGCAGAAACAGGAAGAGGAAAAGGUAGCUGCAGCAAUUUUCUAGGAGUCAUGAAAGCCUCACAGUAGUGCCUGCUCAGUUGAUUUGACCCUUGUGACUGAAAUAUUGCAAUUACACUAAAACGAUGUUGUAGAAGAUGAAGAAGGUAUUUUGAGGACUUAGUGUUUAGGAGAUACCAACACAGUUUGAUCUGAUUAUCACAUGUAGCCAAGGGUUGGAUGUUUCUGGUGUUACUAUCAACUUUCACCUCCUCUACUUUCCUCCAUGUCAGGAACACUAUGAGGCAGUAAUGCGCCGGACAUUGGAGCGUAGUCAACGUGUUGAGCAGAGGCAGAAAAGAUGGUCCUGGGGAGGACUUUCCACAGACUCUGAUGGGCGGACAGGUAGAAGUCUCUUCAUUCAGCAAAACUUUAACCUCUUUCUUCUUUUCACCACGUGUUCUAUUUAACUUUAAUUAUUAACCACUAUCUAAUCAAAGACCCAAUUAAGGGAGGGAUAACCCCAAGUCCAAAAUUCUACUUAAUGUGAAAUGUUCAUGAAAACAGAUUUUGAUGAUUUGCAAUCAUGGAAACCCUACAUUUAAGUUAAAAUACAACAACUUCAAAUGUUGAAACUGAUUAUUUAUUUAUUGUUUGUUUUAUGAAAAAUAUAUGCCAAUUUUAUUCUUUAUGUGAGUUAGACGUUUCAAGAGUUGGGCAUUUUUACCAUUUCAUACUUAUACCCACUUCCUUGUUUACUGGUGUUAAUCUACAUAAAUAUGUAUUUGAAAUUACUUUAAUGAAGCCCCUCACUUGAACACACUCAACGCUAUCUGCCAUGCAGGCAGUGUUGAGUGUGUGUGAGUGUAAAUGGGCAGUCACGGUGCUGCUACUGUCACCAGGAAAUGGCUCGAUUAGGCGAGACAGAUUCUGAAACAUUGUUCUCCUCAUCCCCAUUUAUUUUUGUGAGGGGCCCACAUAUAAACGGCUAAACUAACAAGACCAGGGAGUGUUAACUCUCUGUUUCUACAUGAACGACACAGUUACAGCAUAGUGAUGCUAAAAUGAUAUGCAGAGGAAGACAAUAAGAAUUUACUAUCAUGGAGUAUUGAGAAUUUUUGACAUUGACAGAAAUGAUUGAUUAUAUGUAAGAAAGUCAGUUGCUUUCAUCAGUGAAGUUAAUGGAGUAAUGGGCCACCUCACCUGAGCUCUCUCUUAUCUCGCUACAUCUCCACGUGGGUGUCAGAUCUGCUAACAAGGCUGAACACAAUGGGUUAUGAGAAGAAGAGGGAUUUGAGAGGGAAGUGUUGAACUAUUUUCUCACCGAAUGGGUGACUUGGCCUUUUUAGAGUGCCUGUUUUAUACCCAGCCAUGUUUAUAUUCUAUUGCAAGUAAAACUAUUUGUUGUUUUUUAGCAUUAAACCUAUUUCAGUGUUUUAUUGCCCUUGUUCCUUGCUCUUUCAUGAGGUGUUGCUCAGAUCAAAUUCAAACUUGGCAUAUGUUUGUCAUAAAGAGCAUUAUUUUGCAGUUUCAACAUUCGAUUUGUUGUCUUCGGACCCAUUUCUUCAGAGUUACCCGUUAAGGUGUUUAAAAGUUAUUAGAAGCUGUUGUUUUCUGUAAUGUUUAAACUCUUUGAAUUGUGGCUCCUGCUUUAAUAACAUUUGUGUUUGUUUUUGAUCAGCCCUAAAGCUUAGCUCAGUAUUCUACUCCCAAGCAAUAAAGGUUCUUUUUUCAGUCUGCAGCAUUGGUAAUAAUAAUAAUAGUUCUGUUAUGUUUGUAGGCUGUCAGCAAUUCUACAUUUAUAGCUUUGUUGUGCCAGAAACAGAUAUUCAUAUUUAUUGAGAACUGAAGGAAGAAAAUGUGGAAUAUAACUAAUUAUAGUCUUAUUAAAACCACUUUCAUCCUGCAGAAAUCUCCAGAAUUUGGUCUUAGAACCACAGGGGCCAUUUAACUUGUAUCACAGUCUGGUAGAUGUUGACCAGGCACGUCUUACCUUCACUCUCUUCCCCUCUGUAAUGGUGUGUCUCAGCAUCAUUUAUUUUACUGCUCCUUUCUGAGAGCUGUCUUUUCCCACAGGAGACUCUGAUGCCAGCGCCUCAUCUCCCGUAACAAUAGUUAUUUCCCCUGCCUCACCUGAAAAGCCACCAAGGAGUCGACAAGGUUUUGUUUGUUGAUCAUUUACUCAGUCAUGUAGCAACACAGCAUGGACCGGCUCUGGCACUAGCGCUGUCUAUAGCUUUUCUACCCACCACCCCUCACUCUACAGACCCCCCUAACCUGGCAGUUCUUCACUAACAGUUUCUUUUAUUGGGCUGUGUUCUGAAUGUGUGUCAUACUGAGUAAAAAGAAAAACUGAGGGUGAAACUUUGCAGCGGUCACUCACUCACACUGUCUAGCACGUGGGUGACUUUGCAUGGAAGCUCAAUACAGAAACCAGGACCAAUGUCACAUGUGGACUUUCGAGCAUGGACAAUUUUAUUGGUGCCGUCCUCUUUGAAGUGGUCAAACUAUAACAGCUGAUCUUUACUUACUACUCUGGCUGGUUUCAAACAUUUUACAAAUGAUCUGUUGCAGCGAACUCGUGCUGAGUGUAUGAUGUGUUUUUACAGAAAUGUGCUGCAUAUGUAGCCUGUUAGAUCAGUUGGUCAGUGGGAAUACUUGAUUACAAACAAGCAUAUUUUUUUAAUUGAAUGUUAAUUGUGAUACUUUAAGGGCAUUUGGCUCUUGCAGAAUCCCUGUACUCCCUUGUGUGAACUCCAAUGUCCUUCCCCUUUUGGCAAACCUCUAGUGUAAACCCCACCCCCCUUGUCUGUCUUUCCUCCUCCCUCUUUAGUGGACAAACGCUCCACAUCCACCACCAACCUGAAACAGCAGUCUGAUACUGCAAUCACCAGACGCCUAUCCUCCUCCUCUGCCACCCUCAUCAAAUCUCCUGACAAAAGUAAGUCCCCUCCUCCUCCUCCUCCCCCUCCUUCCCUUCCCUUUUGAUCCUCUCUCUCCCUCCCCCUUCCUUGUAUUCAUGUGCCGUGUCUAAACCAAUGUAAUAUUUGCCAAACAAUGGUUUAUCAGUGAGGUUACUAUUUUUAACUGAUCGUUAACAUCUUAAGAUCUAACUGCGGACAAAAAUUUUAUGUUUUCUUGAACGAACCUGCUUUGUCACCCAACUCUUGAGCCUGGAGUAAUCUGAAAACCAUGUGAUCUCCUGUGAAUCCGGCUUUCACACCAAGGCUCAUUGAAGCACAGACAGUCUGGUGAAAAGAUGCCUCCGUUCUCUGUCUCUGGAUCCAGUUAAUGAUAAACUAAUACGGGCUAAUUUUGCUGUCCCUGUGCUCUUUAAAUUAUUAGUCAUAAGGGAACCAAAUCACCAAACUUUGAGUUUUUAUCAUCUUACUUUACAGUUGUAUGGAAACCUGUCACAGUAGUAUAGGAGCAUCAGAAUUUAGAUUUUACAGGAUAAAAAAUCAGCACAAUCUGUUGAUCCAUGUUUCUCCACAGCUUCUCUGGGCUGCCAGUUUUUAUGUUGUUUCCAGUUCUCCUGGUCCAGUAUUUGUUUUUGACCUCUCUCAAGACUAUGGAUAUGCUCCAAAAAAAAGUCUGAGAGACUUUGUGUCAUUUUUUUCAUAAAUUCACCACUGGGUGUUUCAUCAUUGUCUCUCAGGUGUUAAGCAGAGGAGUUCGUCGUGUAACCGGUUGCCUAGCAAUGGCAUUGCUGCUCAGGCCAGUAAGGAAGAUGGCAAAAAGCUUCAGGUGGAACAGACAGGUGCAAAAGGUCCAAUCUCCAUCCCACACUAUGCUUUCAUAACAAAGAUGGUGUUUAGACCACAGAAUGAUAAACCUCUACAUUACAGGGAACAUAUGCAUGAAGCUCAGUGGACAUUUUUGACUCAAGCAGUAAUAGUUGUUUAUUACUUGCUUCAUGUUGUGACAUCUAUAAGAGGAAUUAGAUGGUAUAAUCACUUGGAGUAGUUCAGAUUUCUUCUAUUAGCUUCAGGAUUCUCCGUAAAAUUUGGGCAUCAGCUGCUGUAGCCUGGUGACUCACAUAAAGGCCAAAUGAUGUGCACAUGACUUGUGAACUGUGAAUCCUGGGAUUCCUUGUUGACUGCCUCCCAGCGCCUAUUUGGCUAAAAACCUCACUUUCAUGUUCGUAGGCCAUUCCAUGAAGAAGAGAAGUUCCUCCCUCACACGAGUAAGUGUGGGUAGAGCACAGACCCCUGCCAAGCCUGAUAAAGGGACAGCGGAUGAUCAAGGUGGCUAGCAUGAUCAAUCAGGAAUGGUUUUUUUCGUCAUCUGCAUUUCAGGCCUUUCUAGCUACAUAACAAGCAUGUUGCUGCGGUUGCUAACAGCUUGCCUAUUCUGAAAUAUUCGUAUUUUAAAAACGCCCAUUGCCAGCUACACAGAUGUUUUGGUGGUAAUAUUUUCAUCUGGCUUACUUCGUUGUCUUUCAUCAGUGAGUCUUCAGAACUGGUCUGCCUUUCUUUCUAUGAAUUCCUCAUUUUACUCUAAAAAUGCCCUUGAAGAAACUUAGCGGACUAACCUCUGAAUAAACCCUAAGCAGCCUCUAACCUCCUCCACACUGUUUUCUGUCUGUGAUUAAACCAGAGCAAUGUUUUUGUCCUGUUUGUUUUCACUUCUCUAUCGUCUUCACCCACCAGACCCUUCACUGUGCCUUAUUUCUCUCUUGCAGUUGAUUUCGUCUUAACCCUUUUUCAAUCAAGGAAUGGUUUUGUGGUGUACCACGUUUGCACUAACACAGUGUAUUGUUUUUUUUUUGUUGUCACAAAGUGUUGAUUGUUUCCCUCCCCCCAGAUGACGUCCUAGCUGGAUUUCAGUCACUGAGAUUGUGCUGCAGUGUGGUGUAUGCCAGUGCCACCCCAUUAACCACCAAUGCUUUUGUUUGUCCCAUAGCCAUUGUCAGCCUCUCUGUGCGGAUCAUGAGUUGUCAAAUUUCUCUUGUUAUGUGUACAUCAUGUUUGUUUUUGUUUUUGUGGUUAGCCUGUGCGUUACUACAACACUGACCCAGUAUUUAUCAUAUUAAAAAAAACAAAUACUUAACCCCAAAAGCACCCACACACUGCUCUUUUACUAAAUAUAAUAUUGUCUUAAAAAAACACUUUCCUGAUGUCUGUAUUCUGAGUAGUGAGCCGUUUUGCAGUGCUGCAGGAGCCGUCACUCCAGAGCAAAAACAAACGUCUAGAACAGAUGUCUUCUCAGUGAAGGGUUACAAAAGAAAGUGACUCUGCGCUCUCUUUUCAGUUGUUAGUAUUUAAGGACAGACUAAUUCGUCAGUAUUUAAAUUCUCCUUCUGGUAUGAUUUCUUCCUCUUCUGCUGUUCAAAAAGGGAAAAAAAAGAAAUAUUUCUACCAUGUCAUAGUUCUGGGAGCUCAUGGUGAAAUCACGGCUUGAACUGGCUCAUUACUUGAUAUUGUGGAUGGCAUUAUUUUAAUAUCAAAUUAGGUGCUUUUUGUUAAUCUUAACGAUAAAAGGGUUUGUAAAGCAGAAGCUAAAAAGCUUUUGCCUGGUUACAGUUACUUCACCUAACACUUCAAGUCCUUAACCACUUCACCAAUCACACUGCACUGUAUUGACUCUCCUCAACUCCACAUCCUUGGAAGUUCUUUCUUUGCUAAAUAAGAACUCAGGCUGGGUGUGUUUCGCCUUCUACAUUUCUAUGCAAUGAAUAAGUUUUUAAGAUUUUUGCUUAAAGAAGCUGCUGAGUACCAAUCAGCCAAGCCACCGAGUGGAAGGCAAUUUAAAAACACUAAAGAACAGUGCCAAGUGAGUUGAUCUGAGCCUUACCAUGCAGUGAAAACAAAUUUCUGGUUUCUUUCACUUCUCAUCUUCCUACCCAAUAGUAUUCCUCUGUUGUCUUUGAAGUUCACUAAUGCUUUGUUUUUACCCAUCAGCACACCUCCCUCUGACUCAAGGGACCAUUGAUUUGACCUCAUUCUCUACUUUGAUUACUUUAUUUAACUGAUCUUGAGUUACCAGACAAUCACUCUCUGGCCUGUCCCAUGAGGCUUCCAUGGCAUCCUUCCCUUACUGUCUCGCUCCGUCUGUCCUAUUGUGAUUGAGUAUCUCUAAAAGUUAACAGGAUCAAGACAGUUGAGAAGGAGCCCAUGCAAGAUUAUUGGGACAUAACCUUUGGUUGUUGAUGUUGACUCUAUCCUGUUGGUUAAAUCACAUGGUGACCUUUCUAUACUUUAUUCCUUUAUCCCUCAUCCCCCAAUUCUUACCCACUCCUCCCUUCUUGGCUUUUUUGUUCCCCUCUGUUUUCGGGUGGGUUUUCUGGCCGUGUAGCUCGCAAGCCACCGGUCGGCUCUGUGGACGGAGGGGUCCUUAGUCGCCUGCUCACCCCCACCCAGGCCUCACUAGCUAGGAGCAAGAGCGCCGCCGUCCUGUCAGCUGAAGGAACAGAUACUCCAGGUAACCUCCAUUUGGAGACCCUGAAGGAGAGGAGGGAUGGCCGCUGGUCCUCCCUACUUACCUUUAUUAAUCAGUAGAAAGUCUGCCCAGUAAAAAUUCACUAGAUCUGAGCUCAUCCUAGUGUCCUGCUGCAGACUCAUGCUUUCGGAAUAAUCCUAUCACAGCGCAUAACGGCCUCAUGAUGGCGAUAAAAUUACAGAAGUUGCUGCCUAACUCUCAAAUUAAAGCUAUGAUUGUAGCUAGGAGUUGUAUGAUGUGUUUAUUUGGUAAUUAUUUUCAGCAAAGUACACUCAUGUGAAAGAGCAUAGCUCCUAAAUAAAUAAUGACACACCCUGGUGCCGCUCACAUGCACCCUCAGAUCUACAACAAUUGGUUGUUGUGUGCCGAGGCCGGCCGAGCAGACCAGGCUCGGCUGGCUGGGAGCACUUCUCUGCAUUUGAGGAGCCUCAGAGUCCAUGCUGGGAGAUUUACUCUAAGCUGAUUACCUGUUGGUUCUUGGUUACGUCAGAAUCAGACUGUUUGGCAAAUGCAUGUGUGCAGGUAGUGUGACCAGGAUGCACGGGAAGCCUGUACACGCUGCUAUAAUGGUUAUAAAAGGCAUUGCUAAAGAAUAUACGUGCUUGACGUCACUCAGAGAAAAACAAAAACAGAUUCCAGGCUGACAUCUUUGUGGAAAAAUAACUUCAGGCCAUGUCCGUAGGGUUUAUAUGUCACUGGAUGACUUACAUGCAUUACAGUUUUAAAUUCGCUGUUUGAGUGUUUUGCUGUGGGGGAUAUACAGCACAGACAGCUAUAAUGAAUCUCCUCAAACACACUGAUGAAUACAGAUCUUUGUUGUUGACUUUCUUUUUUAAUGUAGAAAGAACCAUACUGCAACUCGCAAAGCUGCAGCUGCAUCCCCCUGUGCUGGUAUCAGGUUUUUGUGUUUAUUGACUGGCCAUUACAAACCCAUUAGCAUCUAUAGAUCUGCUAAAUAUGGCCCUGCUACUAGAAACCUGACACAGCUGAAUCAUCAGCAGUGCGGCGGUGUUGGCUCGCAGCGGGGUACAUUUCAUAGACGACAUAUCUGCUCAAUCUGCGAUCAGGAGGAAUAUCAAAACACAUUUGUUGUGACCCUUCUGGGGCAGCGAGAGUCGCCCAGGGUUCGGGAUUAUCACGGCUAAUCCCUCAAUCUGACACAGCAAGCUCAUAGCUAGUGGACAAGAGUAUUUACUCUCUGUACAAACCACAGGCAACAAUCAGUGCCAAGGACAGAGCUAUUCAUCUAUUGUCAUCCUAAGAGUUACAGUUAUAAACUGACAUGUUUGUAAUUUGUUAGUUUGGUUUGCUACAGUUGAGGUUCAUUUAUGUAUGACAUCAAGCAUUACCUUAUAAUUCCCGGAGCUACGCUACAAAUGAAGCACUCAGCGUCUGAUGUAGAGUCUGAAGUUAUUUGAUGAAGGCAGUAAGAGCUGGAAGAAUAUACAUUAUCCUUACUUUUAAGUCAGAAAACAUCACAUCAAAACAGCAAUCAUUGUGUGUUUACCAUACUAAUAAAUCUGUGUGAUAUGUAUAUUCCCUGUCAGUGAGUGUUGCCCUGUGUUGGUGGUGGUUUUUGUAGUCUGUGCUGUGUUGUGCAGUGCUGUGGAGCGCUGUGGUGCUUUGUGUUCAGGUUUGCUCAUGCUGGGUUCAAAGACUCUGGUGCCUGUUUGGGUUUUGGAUUGUUUGUGGGAUUGUUUCUCUGUGCUUCUUAUGUCUCCAGUAAUCUGCAGCUCAAUCAAAGCUUCAAAAAAAUCAAGCUGUUCCCUGCCUGAAAGAUCACUUCUAACAAAUUGCUUUUUGUGCUCUUUUCCCCUCACACAACCUCUCCCUUGCUUCCCUUUCAACCAACAUCUACCUCCCAUCACUCCACAUCUCUCCCUCCAACUCUCACUCUCCUCAUUCUCUUUUACUCCUCUUACACUUCGCUCUUUGCUGCUUUUUUGCCAAACUCGGCUGCUUAUCACGCCGCGCUUUGGUUGUGCUCCUCUGGCCCUGCGAUGACUGUGUCCUUUAUCAGAGUGUCACCUGUGUCCUCGCUCAGCCUCUGCCAGCCCCCUGCAUCCACCUCGUGGACCCCUGCGUAGCCGCAGCAUUGAUCGGCAGAAGAGUGGCAUGACCACAUCUGUGUCUGCUGAUGGAGCUCUAGACCCUUCAAUGGUGAGUGCACCUCAGUAUUCGUGAGCGACUAACUCCACUUGACCACCAAGGAAGUACUUAAUAAAACAUAAUAUUGAAGAUUAACUGAUUGUUCUGACUUUUUCCCUUUUUUAUACAGUGAAUUUUAACAUCCAGCCCUUCAUGUUGGGAUGUAGUCACUCAUACUUAAAGAUAACUGCAGUGAAAAUUAUCUGUCAUGUGAAAAUCCUCGUCCCAUCACAUCUCAGACUAUCAACAAUCAUAUCCCAAUUAAAGAAUUUUACUAAUUUUAUUUUGAUAGAAGGAUAUGAUCAUAUAAAUAAUUUCCUGCUAUCUUAAAUCAGUCGAUUUGAAUUUACAGACAGUAAGCUUGCGAUAGUUUCUCUGAUAUAAUAACACAUUCAAACUGCAACUGUAGAAAGUCAUUUACAAGAUGUUCAUAUUUCUUAAAUGCCUGCUUAUACUAUUGAAGUUGAAGGCACCCGUGUCUUCAGAACUAGCAGCAGUUCAGGUUUUCGUUUACUUCAUUUAAAUGACAUCUGAGAAAUAAGCGUGGCACUCAAGACUAAAUUUUAUGCACAUAUCCUUUCAAAUUUGCCUAACAAAGUUCCUCUGCAGGAUGCUACACAUAGGGAAAUGUCCCUCAACAAAAGAGAAGCUUUAAAGGAGAGAUGUCUCGGUUGUUGUAAGAAUUGUCUCUCUGGGAGUCUUGAAGUGUCGUGCUCUCUCUUUAAAAACCUGCAUGCCUGCCAUCCUCCUCCUCCUCCUCUGUGGCUGUAAAGGGCCUCAUUGUAAAAGCCUGAGACAAAGAGAUCCACAGCGGCCUUAUUAGGGACAGAUCAGGCCAUGCAAAGCAGACCACACCCUGAGCCUGGGGCCAGAUGUCAAAAGCUUUCGACUGUCCUCACUAUUUCAUUGUCCUCUCUGUCUUUCCUCCUCGUGCACAGAUCAGUGUGGAGAUAAUCAGAAUAGCGUGUCACUUGGGUAAAAUUAGGUCUUUUCAAUCAGCUGAUCUAGGACUUCUGCUUUAAAUAGGAGUAUUUCUUAAAGAUAAAAACCAGAAGGUAAAAAAAGGGAAAACUUCACUAUUUUUCAAAAAGUAAUUUACAAAGAUUAUGAGCAGAGUGUCCUUAGUUUAGUGAAGCAAGUGGCUGUUAUUGCUGACUGUGUAUUUAAGGAGACAUAUGUAGUUCUUGCUUUAGUGUUUUAUAGCGACAUAAAAAGGAAAUUAAUAUCUGUGCAAUGAAAUGCCACACAGUCUGUCUCUUAACUGCUCUGCCUCUUAUCUUCCCGAGAGAAUAGAGGUUACAUAGUGUUUCCCUAAACGUCCUCAGCUGAUAAGAGUAGAAAUGCACACUGAAUACAUCACUUUUGUUUACUUGCAGCGAUAAAGGCCUGCGGUCUGUCAGAGCUGUAAGACGGGGUCUGCCCGAGUGUCACAAGGUUGACCUUGCUUCUCUCGUCUGUCAUCAGGUUUACAGUGACACUCUGAGCACAUGAGCAUUAAAAAUAGAUGAAUCAAAUCUGACUCCAGGUCCAUCUCACACCAGUAUUGUCAGUUGACACCCCAGUGGAGCCAAAAGAGGCCAAUUAUAGUCUCUGUGUAUCUUUAUUCAACUAGGAAAAAUCUUGAAAAAAGGUCUUGCAGUGCACGUUCAAAUUAAGCUUUGCGUUAUAAUAAGGAACUGUAAAAGGACCUUGUUUUAUUUCAAGAAAAACACAUUUAUCGACAAGUAAGUAAGCAGUUAUUAUGGGUGGGAAGUUUUUUUAAAAUGAGUUGAACUCAGCUGAAUGAGGCAAACAUGGACAUUUUGUAAAAGGUGUUUCACUUCUGAAAGAUCUCACUCCAGUGAUAGUUACAAAUUCUCUCUUCACUCCUGUCUCUGGUGAACCUUAGAAGGACAAACAGGCAUCAUCGCCAGGAAGGCAACGUCCUCCCUCCCCAUCUUCGACUCUGGUACGCCACCGUUCUCCAUCCCCCUCCCCAGGUUCAGCUCCAAAGAGGACCCCUUCUCCAUCAGCAGCCAAGUAAGAUGAGAGCCUUCCCAAAUACAGACUGAGUGAUAUUUUAAAAGAAGUUUUUUUUUUGAGAGUUGCAGUAUGCGUAAUUUCUUUUUUUUAUUUUUACCUCCAGGCAAAGUCCCAAGACACGCCCACCAUCCCCUGGUGCAAUGAAACAACGUCCCCCAUCCCCCCAAACUACAUCCAAACCUCCACCUAUCCAAAAACCAGCUCUCACUCCAACUGGACCCCCCACCCUGCGGAAGAGGGACUCUAAGCCCAACCUGUGUCCUGUUCCUGGUGUACCUCUGCAGUCCCCAGACUCCAGUAAGACCAAAGAGAAAGACGGUGAGCAGCUCUUAUCAAAGUUCAUCAUAUAAAUGUGUCGCUGUUCCUCAUAAAAGUGAAACACCAUUAAAGAUCUAGCAGGCAGGCCUAACGACCACAGGCAGCUGAUUUUAAUUAUUCAUCACCAGUAUUUUCCAGCCGAUUCUUCCACUAUUAAGGAGAGUGUUUGCACUAAUCCAUGGAGAGAUGUUUUUCAACUUCCACUGUCUCUCUUAUCUGAAGCUCUGCAAGCCUAAAACCCUCUGUGAUCACAGCUUCAUACUUCUUCAAGACGAGCCACUUAAUUUCUGAGAUCAGGAGUGUUGACAUCUGCUUCAAAUAGACCAUCUAUAUUAUUGCAUGUGAGAAUGUCCAAGUUUGAACGUGUGCUGUAAACUGACGUGGCAACGGUUCGGCAUGCAGUAAAUCAGAGAGGUGCAGGUGACCUGUGGAGAUCCAGCUGGAGUCCCAUGCUGUCACAGAACUGACAGGAUGUGACUCCAGCUGUUGUUGCUGCCAUCUGCUGGACAAAACCAUGUCCUGCUUGAUAAAAUAGCUGCAUUGUAACAUAACACUGGAUGCAUUGAGGGUGUCUUUUGUAUUCAGAAUUUUCCAUGUAGUAAGCAUGAAUAUUGUCAAUAAUGUAUUUAAAGAUCCCUGAAAAUAAAGACAGAGCUCAAAAUAUUUAAUUAAACAAAUAGUUAAAAAGAAGCACUGAGUGUCUCAGAACUGUAGAUGUAUGGUUAGAAGUUUGAGGGCUGUUAUAAAUGUAAAAUUAUAAAAUAUAUCUAAAAUGAAAAAUAAAUAUAAGAUACAAAUAUAAAAUUUGAUGCAUUAAAUCAGUAAAAAAAAACACAUCGUGAGAUGUGAGGGUAUGGAAUACAGCUGUUCAUUUUCGAUGUAAUGUUUAUGAAAGUGGGUGCUGGCUGUCAAAUUUUUCACCCACUGAUUGAAAUAACAGAAAAUUGACAAUUUCAUUAUGUGUAGACCAUUGUCAUAUUACGUGGACCUUAUUGAAAAUCAGAUACAAGUCUCAUAUUUUCAACAAGUAAGUCAAGUUUGCCACGGUAACUGAAGCGACACUUAACAAAUUAAAUUUGUUACCAUCCUCACUUUCUGGGAAUGCUUUAAAAAGUUAAAGUCAACAAAGAAGCAUCAGGAUAGUUAUUUUCUCCUCUUGACUUCAGGCCUAAGAAAGCUGUCAUUGUCUACAGAGUAAGUUUGUGAUUUCACUUUGUUAAUUAUGUUACUGGCAAACUUUCAAGUGGUCAGUUACACUUCGAUAUCACAGGAGGAUCUAUAUGUCAGUGUUAAGCUGCUGUCUGACUCAUUAUUUACUGUGAAAUUAAGAUUCCCUUGAAGCAGUCACACAGAUGCUUCACAGCAAAAAAUUAAGAAGUGGUUUGUUUCAUUCAAAGGAUUCUUCUACCAGGUAUCUAAAUCAAGAUGACUAUGUAUUUUUUUUCUUCUCUGGAAGAGCAAAUCUUUUGUUUUGCUUUUCAUCUGAACCCACCAAAGGUUCUGCUUACUUCUCUCUCUCUCAUUCACCGUCAGCUGUCGCCUCAUAGACUCAGCGUUACCACAAGAAAAAGAUGUGAUGAUGUAGAUUAAACAGCAAAUCUUUCACCGUAUAAGCAUAUUUUUCAUACUGGCGUAUUUAUUAACACGUCGCCCAACAGAACACGCCAUAUUCCUGUAGAAAUGAAUAACAAUCAGAGGUCUCUCAGAGAGCAGAGAGGGGAUCAUAUGAUAGUUAUACAACCAAGUAACCCCAGCCCUUCUUCUUUGUCACAAACAACCUUCAGCACAAAUCUGGCUUUCUGUCUUUUCUGUCAUCAUCAUUGCUUAAUCAUCUUUUCCUUUAAAAAGAGUCUGAUACUCUGGUCUUUUGUCUGCAAUACAGAUAGAAAUGGAUGAAACAAGAAGUUAACAAACCCUCUGUACAUUUGUGUUUCCUCCUGACUCUAUAGCUGCACCAGGAACCAACUCAGCUGCUGAGGCCGCCAAGAUCCUGGCAGAGAAUCGCAGAUUAAUGCGAGAGCAGAAGGAGAAAGAGGAGCAGCUCAGGCUGCAGAAGGAAGAAGAGGAAAAGUAAGACAACUGUGCAACAGAAUACCCUCAAAAAUAAGUAGUCUGAAGAGUCUAUUGUUAUUCAGUGAAACUUAUGUGUGUAGUUUGUUAGAAAAAACACUGCGGCACCUGUUUUGCCUAAUGGUUAAAGUCAGUGUAAAGAGACCUGCAGAACUUAAAACAACUGUGAACAGCAACUCCCCUCAGUUUUAAGAGAUUUAUAUCGUUUCUCUUGUUUUUGUUUUCCAUACAAUCUCUAAGUCUUUUCCUCUGUUUCUUUGUUACCCCAGGUUAAGAAAGGAAGAAGAGGCACGUUUGGCAGAAGAGGCUCGACUGAAGCGCCUGGAGGAGGAGAAGAAGCUGGCAGAGGAAAGGAAACUGAAAGAAGAGGAAGAUGCCCGUCUAGCAGAAGAGGACAGGUUGAGACAGGCAGAAGAGGAAGCUGCAAAGCAGGCGGAGCUGCAGAAGGAGCGCGAGGAGGCUGAGGCCAAAGCCCUGGAGGAGGCCGAGAGAGUCCGUCAGGAGAGAGACCGCAUCAUGCAGCAGAACCAGCAGGAACGGAUGGAGAGGAAGAAGGUAUGGAAAGACGGAGAGUACCUGACAUGAUUCAAUAGUUUUUGUGAAGAGAAGAGGUGUUAGUCUUACCAGCAUCAAAAGUCACAGAAAACCAAAUUGAUUUGUGUUCACCUGACAAGUCAUUGAGUCCUAACACUAGUUAUGUUUAGCUUUGAUUUAAUACUCUAAUGGCCAUGAUAGUGUUUUUGAAUCAAAUAACAAAAAUAGUUUAAAUCGUUUACUCAAAGUCAGAAAUAAACAGAUAAUAUUUUUUCAUGCACCUCACUGUGUCGAUCCAAACACCAUAAAAAGUGUUUUCUUCCAUUUCAGAGAAUUGAAGAGAUAAUGAAGAGAACCAGAAAAGGGGAACAAAUGGACUCAAAGGUGAAUUCACAUCCAUGUUUAAAUACCAUCUACACAGUGUGUGUUUGUGUGUGUAUGUUUCCUCAUGUUUAUGUCUCUUGUGUAGAGAGAGGGAGGCGAUGAUGAUAAAUGCACUCUGGAGGAUGGGGAUGGGGAUGAUGGAAAGGAUCAGAUAGACUCAGAGACUAUGAGUAAGUAUUCUGCUUACCUACCAUUAAUAAAUGCAGGACAUACAAAAUAACACAUGAUGAUUCACGCAUGUUUGAAUUGACUGAAGGUGUGUCUCUGUUUGCUUUGUGUGCACAUGCUUCAAAUAUCAAGUUUGUGUGCAUGAAUGUGCAAAACUCUUAGAGGCUCAUCCGCUUCUCUUCCUCUGUAUCGUCUUGUAGGCCAGUCAGAUGACAUUGCCAUGGAUGCAGACACAGAGGAGUGCAGUAUGUCCUCUGGAGAGCCGGGGAAACAACAUAACGAGCCCCUGGGCAGUGUGAAUGGAGAACUAGAGACAGAUGACAAGGAGAAUAACAAUGGCUCAAGCACGGAUGAGACCCAAGCUGUGAGGUAUGACUUUGGGAAAGAGAAUGAAACCCACACAGACUGGGCUCGGAGUUAUGAUGACGGUGCUUGAGUUGUAAACUUGUAAUAAUGCACAGAAGAGGUGAAAUUCACAUGCAGUGGACAUGUCCAAACUAAACUCUCAACUGGAUCUGUCUUUGAUCAGCAGCGUCGCCUAUCACACAGCAAAUAGGCUGCCAUACUAAUCAACGCAGCAAAGCAUACAGGAGGCGUAUCAGCUCCGUCACAGCAUCGUAUCGAGAGCAGCACUGCUCAAGAUACGUGGCAAGUCUAUUUUUGCUGCUCUACGCUUCCAAUGCGUGUAAAUUCUCACAGAGGAGAUCGUCCUAGACAGGAAGUCAAGCAUGAAAACCGUGCAUUUCAUCCGGUAUUUCAAAAUAAAACACCAUAUGCGAAAUACUUCCUGGUUAUGAAUUUAUCCGUAACACAGAAUAAUCCGGUAAAAGUAACAGCACAGCAUAAAGGAACAUAGUUUACUUAAUUAAACACAAGUAAACCUGCAAAAACCAAAACUGUAAAAUCACGUUGCUUUGUCAGAUAUAGUAGAGCCGGGGUGGACAAUCAUGUGCCAUGGAGGGCUGAGAGGCUGCAGGUUUUCUUUCCAGCCCAAAACUCCACCAAGUGAUUUCACUGUUUGCAGCCUCUCGGCCCUCCAUGGCACAUAAUUGCCCACCCCUGUAGUAGAGGCUCAACAGUCACUGAAUAAUAUCCAAAUUAGCAGGAAAUAGACCACAGAAAGGAAAAACAUCCUGUUGUGAGCAUGUUGUUUCCUCUAUACUGAGCCCAGCUGACCGGGGCUGUGCUACGCUGCUGCUACGCUCCAAAUACGCAUCCUGUAUGCUCUACGGAGCAAAUACGGAACGCGCCCAGUACGGAUCCUGUAUGUUUUCAGCUUUAGUAAUAGUGAGGUGAGCCCUGGUAGAAAAAUUGAUGAAAUCAUGCAGCAUGCGAAUACAAUAGAGGAAGUAAAGCGUCUAGUAUUACACAAUCUACAGCACAUCUUGCAGGUCACAACCAGAGAUCACUGUCUAGCCAGGGGCAGUCAAACUCAUGUCCUCAAAGUCUUCCUGGAACCAGAAGGUUCCCGUGGUUCAUAACCGUCUCCCAUGAUCUCUGUUCCCUUCUCUCCUCUGCAGUCCAACCCCCAAAGCCCGCCUCGUUGAGGGCUCAGAGUUCCUGAAUGAGCAGGACUCUGCCAAUGUGGUCUCAGGUCUUAAUGGUAAACCCAACCAAUGGAGCUUUGAGGAGUUCAUUGAUCUUAACGUCCACUCCAAGACUCACCCCCUCAUUGAGGCAGAGGACUGUAACCAGGUCUUGAUUAACUGUGACGGAAGCUCGGAUGGGCCCAGGGUAGCCUUCGAGGACAAGGGAACCCCGGUGAACACCCUUCACUCUUCUAAUCAAACCUUAGAAGCCAUGUCAGGUGAGUUCAACCCCUUCACCUCAGAGGAAUUAAUCCAGUCACAUCUUUAUAAAAGAGACUGUAACCAUUUCUUCUUGUCUCCACAGAGAUUUGACUCUGCUGCUGUCGCUGACAUGCUCUUGUUGCACUCAUCAAGUUCCUGUUAAGCUGAGCUCCUUUAAAAACAAAAAAGAAAUCCUCCUACAGUUCCAGACAGCUUUCUCCUCUUCCUCCUCCUCCUCCUCUUCCAGGGGGAGGAGCUUGAGGUGACGCAAAAAAAAGACCACCCCAAGUGCUACAUUUGCACCCUGAAUGAUGAGGAACAAAAUAUAUAAAGGUUAUAUAUAUAAAGGUUAUGCUUCAGGGAAAUUCCAUAUAGUCCUUCAGUGUGCUCGCUUCAAGUCUCUCCCCCCUUCCCUCAUGUGUUUAGUUUUUGUCCAAUUUUUUUUUUCUAUGUUGUGUCUAAUUUUGAUGUUUUUUAAAAGUUUUGUCUCGUGAGGGGUGCAUUGUCAUAAUUUAUUAAUUUUUGGCUUCUUUACCGUAAUUAUUGUUAUUAAAUGUUUAGUCUGUUGUUUCUCUUGUAUGAAAAUAUUCCAUGAAACAUGUACAUUAGGCUGUGUAAAGUGAAUAUGAUGUUAAUAUGUGAGUUAAAGGAAGGAGCGUUAUUACAUUCUGUUCUGUGAGGGGGUUCAAGCUCACCCAAAUUUACUUGACUGGCUGCUUGUUGCAGCAUCCAGCGAAAUGGCCUUACAAUUAUAUCCCAAUACUUUAUUUCUAGACGUGCAUUGCUUGUGCUGGGGCUGAUACACACACAGAAAAGCAAUUGUCUAUUAUGCACAUGUUAUUGGAGGCAGAGUCUGUAUUUACACUUAACUGAUUUUUCUCUAAUAUUCUCCGUAAAGAGCACACAAGUCAUCUCCCAGCUUUUCUCACCAGGGUUCCUUCUUUGCCCACUAGAGGUCUCUAGAAGCACAACUUUAGCUGUUACAUUUCAAGUUGACAAAUGUUGAAAUUCAUGACUUCACUUUAGUGUAAUUUACAAGUUCACACAUAUUCCAGCAGUUUUUUUUUUUUUUUAUAAAUGUACAUAGAAUUUAUGUUUACUAACAUUAUUGGAAUUAAAAUCAGAUUACAUCAGUUUAAGUCUCAGCCUAAGUGAUAAUAGUUUCAUUGACUCUUUGAAGAACUCUUACAAGUUUGCUUUAUAAACAGGUGAAGUCCAGUAGUGUUCUUUAUACAUUUAUCAAAUAACCUAAUAAGAGUGUUUGGUGUUUGUGUCACAAUAUCCAGGACCUACCUUUGCUUGAACUUAAUGAUCAGGAUGCUAAUCGUUUAGUUUGAUCAGAGCUUCCCAAAUACAUAAACAGACACCUGUUUGAUCACCUCCAUUAAUAAUUUGUUUUUCCACAACAAACAAACUGCUGCAGCGGAAAAGAAAAAUGCAUUUCAGCUAUUUUUUAUAAGACAAAAAUAUGGCUUUUUGUUUGUAUAAGAAAAUACAUUUCUACAUAUAUAUUUAAGUGUUAUUGUAUUGUGUGAAAAAUCAGUAUUAGGCAAACAAAGCCAUAGGAUGAAGCGGCGUCAGGACGUGGAUUAUUGAAGUUUAUGUGACUGUUUCUCGUUAGAUUUCUGUUCAGUUGAUGCCCUGUGGGAAAACCCAGAGCUCACUAAAAAAAACCUUUUCCACCAGACUUUUCCAAAUCAAGGGGGCAGGUGAAGACCCUAUCUAUGUUUUUCAUGUGUGGGUAUAUGAGAGUCUCACUUUCCAAGCCCUGAUUCUGAGCACUGCCUCACAGCGACAUGUCUGACACAUGGUAUGAGUCAUAGCUGUGCCUCUUCAUGAUGCAUUUAAUGUCAUCAAAAUAUGCUUCGCAUUAUGUCAGUCACUUUGAUCAUAUUGUUGGUUAGUUAUGUUUCUUCUAUCAGCUCAGGGCACAACUUUCCUGCUCCGUAAAAUGACCCAUGACACAACAUAAAAAAGUCAGAAGUCAUGGCUCAGACUUGUUUUCCAUAUAAGUUCAGGACAUGUCACGAAUUGUUUCUUUUUAUGUGAUUCCUUUUGCUUGAACAGCCCAAUGUUUUGGGGACCUUGAAUUUUGCCUUGUUCUCCUCUGGCUUUCAAACCUUCUUUCUAACACACAUCCUUUUGUACAUAAAGACUAGGGGCUCUAGAUCUUUGUUUUGAUUAAGAAGCUCUAAGAAUGUAACAGCAGGCUACAGGAACCGUCCUUCAUUUCUUAGCAUGUCUUUAGGAGCUGCUCGCUUCCAGUUUACUUACAUUGUUCAGAUAAAACUAUGAGACACAUUGCACUGUCAGACAUUACUCACUAUAUUUAAAGAGUGCUUACAAAGAGGAGCUUUACUGUACAGACAUGUAGGAGAGUGGUGUGAUGUUCUGAGAGGAAAGACGUGUUUAGGAGGUUUCAUUCAUAAGCAUAACAUCCCCUAAACCCGCUCCCCUUCUGCUGAAGGGGGGCUGUUGUAGCUGCUGCUUUAACCAAUACUGUAUCUUCUCCAGGUCCUGCUGCAUCUUUAGGGGCUGCAGCACAGAGCUGACUGUCCCUAAUGUUGUCCUUAAAUAUAGUAUAGAACGGUGCCUUAGAUUUAGAUUUAGUAUUUUUACUGUGUCACAGUUAACUGAAAAAGCUUGUCCUUACCUCGGCCUCGACAAUCAGUCCACUCUACCCCUGGGCGACUUUGUGAAUAUGGAUAUUUUCUCUGGAACAUUUACUAAACCUAACCCUGUCAGCUAAUACGAUUUGUACUGUAAAUAUAUCUAAAGUGUACUGAGAUGAUACAAACUGUUCAAAAAUAAAGUCUUGCUGAAGUA